AUGGACAUGAUCCUGGAUAACGCGGAAGUCGAUGGAGGCGCCUUUAUGGGCAGCUGGUUGAUGAGAAGUGCGCUAGUGUUGGUCGUCGCAGGCUUGUAUAUCAAAGCGUAUCAACUCUACAGCAAGGGCAUUUACCGCGGCACUGCCACGAUGCGCGGGAAGACUGUUAUCGUGACCGGCAGCAAUGCAGGAAUCGGCAAGGAGACGGCCAAGGAACUGGCUCGGAGGAAGGCCCGCGUUAUCUUGGCUUGCCGAAACUUGCAGCGUGCCCACCAGGCGGCUCAAGACAUCUUCGCCGAGACGGGCGAGAUGGUGGCUGUCAAGCAGCUCGACCUGUGUUCUUUCGAGUCGGUGCGGACGUUCGCUGAAGACGUCCUCAGGACGGAGAGUCGGCUCGACGUGCUCAUCAACAACGCUGGCAACAUACCCGACAAGCUGCUUCUCACCGAAGACGGCUACGAGGUGGGCCUGCAGAGCAACUACCUGGGUCAUUUCCUGCUCACCAUUCUGCUCACAGAGCUCCUGAAGAAGAGCGCGCCCAGCCGCGUGGUGAACAUGUCUUCACUGCUUCACCACUUCGGCACCACGUGGCGGCUUGAGGAGCAGGCCAAGGGCACCUACAAAUGGAGGACGCCGCUGAUCACCUACUGCAACACCAAGAUGGCCAUGGUGCUGUUCACCCGGGCGCUGGCGCCUCGGCUGAAGCCGCACGGAGUGAGCGUCAACGCCGUUCAUCCUGGCGCAGUCAACACCGGAAUAGCCGGAGGAGGAAGGCUGAUCGCUUACCUUUUCCGGAUCCUCGUCAAUUUCUACGGCAGGACGGCGUGGGAGGGAGCCCAGACGAGCCUGUACGCAGCCAUGGAUGAUCGCUUCGAAAGGGAGACAGGCCUUUACUUGGACGAGUGUACGCGCGGCUUUCUGAGUCGCAGGGUGCUUAACAAGGAGUGUGUAGAGAGCACCUUCGCUCGAACCAUCAGCCUCUGCCACCUAGACCCGAUCCAAGUGGACAAGCUCUUCCAGGAAUCUGCGUAGAAUAAUGGGCUAAGUGUGCGCAGCCUCGCCCGAUUGGUUGAUUACUUACAGGAUGCCUACCUGAUGUGCAGGAUAAUAAAAUGUUGGCAUACUGGCGACGUACCCCUAUUUCUGUUAAAAAAAAUAACUUACUUCCUGAACAAAAAAUUCCGAAGGAGACCUUCGGAAUUUUUCAGUUAACCUGCAUGUUUCGGCCCCUGAUUGGUUCACUAUCGCCGUGACGAUACGAAGGCUUGGUGGCGACGCACUAGAGACUGAAAUGUCAGUAUCAGAC